AUGUCAUCAAAGGUGAGAAAAGAACAUUUUGAUUCAUUAUUUACUGCUUUUUCGGAAUACCAAAGUAUUAUGGAUAGAAAUAGUACGGAGAUAAGGUACGAAAAUUGGAAUAACACUUGUCUGAAUUUUGAUAAAGCAUUCUAUACUGUUAAUAUAAUAAAAGAUAAAGACAAAUUAUGCCCUCAAGCGAUGAAAUAUUUAUAUAAUAUAUGCAGUAAUAUGGGAAAUCUUGCAAAUGAAAACCAUUUUAAAUACUUAUAUUAUUGGAUAUAUAAGCAUCACCUAAAAGCUGGAAUAGAUAGAAACUACAUCAAAGAAUUCUAUAAGGAAAUAAUUAGGGUAUACAAAUUAUUUGGUUUGUUUGAUUCUUGUGCUGAUCCUUUUAGAGAAAGCAUAUUUGAUAAUGAAUUGAAACUAAUCACUGAUAUAUGUGAUAUCAGCAAGAAACUUAAUGAUAUAAAAUACUCUACUUUUACAUCUUGUAAUAUUAAAAGAAAGUGCGAUUGUGCAGACGAAUGUGCUGAUAUAUACAUGCGCGGACAUAAGGUAUGUGAGAAUAAUUGGGAUGAACAUUUUUGUAAAAUAUUAAAAAGUUAUAAAAAUAAAUACAAUGCAUUAAAUUUAUCAAAUGAUUGUGAUAAUCUAAAAUUCAAAACAUGGCCUUCUGAAAAAUUUGAGAAUAUAAUGUCACCUUCUGCCCAUAUCAAUAAAUCGAAAACUGCUAUAAUAUCAUCUUUUCUAAUAUUAAUAAUACCUGCUUUUUUAUUUAUAAUUUAUAUGUUCUUGCCAUAUAAUUCAUUAUUACAUCGUGAAAUUAAAAAGAUAAUAAAUAUGUGUCGUGUUCUCAAGAAAAAAUGGUGGAAAUUGGAAAACUCAGAAAUUUAUAACAAUAUAUAUUGCAAUAAUAAUUAUAAUGUCUUAUAUAGUUCCCAUUAUCUUGACGAUUAA